CAAUCUCAUCCUCUGUGGCCUGAGCCUUCUGACCCCUCUCGCUCUUCCGACCUCAAAACAUAACAAUAAUCCAAGCCACGAUUAAAGAGUCUCUCUUCCACAGCACCAAUGGCCCCUAAGAAAGUAGAAGCCAAGAAGCCGGAGCCCAAAAAGCCUGAGCCGAAGAAGCCUGAGCCGAAAAAAGAGGCCGAACCAGCACCACCUCCCGCCGCUCCGGUCGAACCCGAGCCACCUAAAGAACCUGCGUUUGACCCCAAGAGCGUGAAGGUGGAGUUCACUGCUGACCAGAUCGAGGAGUUCAGGGAAGCAUUUCAGCUGUUUGACCGCACACCGAAGAAUGAGAUGAAGAUCACGUACGCGCAGUGCGGAGACGUGAUGAGGGCGCUCGGUCAGAACCCCACCAACGCCGACGUCCUCAAGGUCCUCGGAAAACCACGGCCUGAGGAGAUGAACAGCAAAAUGCUGGACUUUGAAACCUUCCUGCCCAUGCUGCAGCACAUCUCCAGGUCCAAGAAUAAAGGCGGCUUCGAGGACUUUGUUGAGGGCCUGCGGGUCUUUGAUAAAGAAGGCAACGGAACCAUCAUGGGGGCAGAAUUGCGUCACGUCCUGGCGACGCUCGGAGAGAGGAUGACCGAGGAUGAGGUGGAUCGACUCAUGGCUGGGCAAGAGGACGCCAACGGGUGCAUCAAUUACGAAUCUUUUGUCAAACAUAUUCUCUCUGGUUGAGGUGGACUUGGGAUAAAAAUGUUCUUAGGAAAUAUAGUUUAAGCAUUAUAAAGGUUUAUGAUGUAUUAGUUGCAGCUUAAUGUAAUAGUUUGUAGUUUUCUAGACAAACAUGUCUAUUACAAGAGACAAUCACAAGAGACUGUUUACUUUUCCAAAUAUUUAAUUGCAUAUGUUUACCAGAAUCCAUGCAAUUAUACAUUCACUCCUACAUGUAAGGAAUAAAACAUGACUGGCAUGUCAUGAAGCUUUUUAUUCCUUUUAUUCCACAACAAUUUCUGCAAAAAUUGCCAAUGAUUAGAAUUUUUUAUUUAUUAAAGAGCAACAUGUCAUAUUUAUAUCCAUUUUAUAGUUAAUAUUGUGGGCCGUCUGCAAAAGAACUCGGUUCCUGUUCUCACUUAGCGGCUAUAAACAGUCGUUUCCUGCCCAGGCUCUCAAGAAAAAGUCAUGUUACAGAGAAACGGCAAUGCAUACACUCCUCGGUCUGUAAAGUUACAUCUUCACCUCUGACUGAUACUGGAGACUCCUUCCAUAUACAAUAUAUGUUUUUUUAUUCUGUUAAUGUGGAUCAUUUAUAUAGAAAUGCUACUGUAUAAGAAGAAGUUGUGUUUUUAUUGAAAAAAUUAUCAAUACCUUCUGACCAAUCAGAAUCCAGAAUUCUGCAGUGCUGUUGUAUUAGGCAUAAAUAACACACUGUCCAUUCAUCUAUUUAAAGAAAGGGCAAAAGGAGGCACAGACAUUGUUGUGGAACUGAAACCCAUAUCUUAAUGGUACCUUCCAUUGGAGGUGCAUUUUAACAGGCAUCAGAGCUACGCAUCGAUAAAUGAAUAAAUGGCAAGGCUUUUAUAGCUGUACAUCUGAAAUCCUCAGUGUCACUCUCCUUUGGUGUGAAAUGCCAGAAGGGAAACAUUAAAGCACUCAAAUCGCCAGUGAGAGUUUUUCCUAGGUGCAAAUGACUGCUGAUGAAUCAGAGCGGAGAGAUGCAAUAAGAUCAGAUUGCAGUUUCUGGAAUAGUGUGAUAUGAAACAGGGUGUCCUGAUCUUCGCGGAGGUGGAAAAUUGCUGCGUUAUCUCAUCCAUGCUGCAUCUCAGAAAUGAAACUGGAGCGAAAAAUACAGAGAAUUGCAAUGCAUAAUCAGUAUAUUAAAUGCAAUGUGUGUUGGAAAUACA